AUGUUGAUGCCCAACUCCAUUAGUACCUUCAAGGAGUUAAGAGCCCAGUUUGCCUCACACUUCAUCGGGGGACAUAGGUAUAAGAAGUCCACUGUAUGCCUAAUGAACAUUAGGCAACGGGAGGACGAGACAUUGAGAUCUUACAUAACUCACUUUAACAAGAAGGCCCUUUCGAUCGAUGAAGCUGAUGACAAGAUACUCGUGGCUGCAUUCACGAAUGGGCUACAGAAGGGUAAGUUCUUAUUUUCUUUGUAUAAGAAUGACCCAAAGACUAUGUCAAAUGUGUUUUACAGGGUGACCAAGUACAUGAACGUGGAAGACGCACUAUUGGCCCUAGAAAAGAAGUCUAAGAAAAAGGAAAGACAGGAAGACAUACGGCAGGAUAGGGGGCGGAAGAUGACUAGGAUAAGAGAACGGCGGGAGGACAGGCGCUCCAAGCCCCUUGCAGGGAAGUUCACGAGCUUCACCCCGCUGAUUGCCCUGAUCGACCAGGUCUUAAUGCAAAUUAAGGAUGAAAGAGCCCUGACCUUUCUUGGCAAGUUGAAUGAAAAUCCUAAUAAGAGGUUUAGAGAUAAGUACUACCGCUUCCAUCGUGAUCACGGUCAUGACACUACUGAUUGCUACAACUUGAAGCAACAAAUUGAAGCUCUUAUCAGACAAGGAAGGCUGCAAAGGUUCGUCAGCAAGGAAAGAGCGGAUCCACCUCAAGAGCAAGUUCCCUGA